CUCCUUCCCCACGGUUUCUUGGAAUAGUCAGCAGAGCGUGGAACCAAUUAUCCUGAUCCAUACUGGAGUAUCCAAAAGAUCCGUCUUGCCUUGGUACGUGGUGGCAGAAUAAAAAUAUUGUUGGAUCUGACGUGUUUGACAACACGUUGUCCCUCCUACAUGUAUUAUUUUUGUGGUGGUAUCUUCGGUACGGUACUCUCAGAAGCCAGAACACAGUACAGGUAGGUCUAUCAUUAUUGCUGGACUCUCUACGUAUCAAGUUAGAUAGCUUCAACUGAAAAGAAGGGUGAGUGCUGCCGGCUAAUAUUCCAGAAGAGGCAAGAAAGAAAACGGAGGUAGUGCAAUUAUUGCAGUUUUGAGCAAAGGCUCGCAAGUAGAAGAGCCAAGAUCAUUUUUCUUGACUAUCCCGACAAGCAACACCAUGCAACUCUACGGUUUGGCGUCAUUCCUGCUGGUAGUGGCAGCAUCCGAUGCCUUUACAGUUCCAUUCACCGGCAAGGCACAGUCCGGCACUACCAGUAGCCAAAAAUGGAUGGCAAGCAAGGAGACAAUUUUGGAAGAUGUAGAUGGUCUGGGUGCCGCCGUGAGUGAGCUGAACAAGACCAUUGCUUCGGUAGACUUUGACAAUGAAACUGGCAAGGAAUUGGAAGACGAUAUUCUACAGCUCAUGGUGGAUGUCGAAGAAGAGGCAGAAAAGGUGAUUGCUUCUGUCAUGGACGACGAAUGUGAAGUGGAUCUGAUCAGGGGAGAACCUGUCGAUGAUUUGUGUGUGGAAGGUGAAGAACGGGAAGGAUUCCGCAAACGGUUCAAGAGUAACGUUUCCAAAACUUUGCAAAUGGUUCGUGGAAUGCCCACGGAAGAGAAGGAAGAAACUUUGGUAGCAGAAGGGGACGAAUCUCCAUCCUAUGCAGGAGAUAUUCUCGAAGAGGGAUGGACCCAACGAGGUGGAACAUCAUCCAUUCGUCGCAAUGCCGAGGUGUGGAAAUUUGCAUUAAAAUGUGUCUUCAAGGCGUUAAAGCCAAGAUCCAUGAAAAAGAAGGGAGCUUCGGAAGAGGAAAUCCAAGCGGCACAAGUGGAAGCCGCCACAUUUAUUCGGGAUGGAUUGCUCACAUUGGGACCAACCUUUGUCAAAUUGGGACAAGUGAUAUCCACUCGUACAGAUGUUCUGCCCGCCACCUACACGGAUGUCCUCAAAUCUCUGCAGGACGAAGUGCCUGCCUUUUCCGGUGCUCGCGCCAAAGAUAUCGUUUCGGCGGAAUUGGGAAAACCAUGUGAUUCCGUCUUUACCGAUUUUUCCGCCGAACCAUUAAAGGCAGCAUCGUUGGGACAAGUCCACACUGCCUUUUACAAAGGACAAAAAGUCGCCAUCAAGGUCCAACGUGCUGGACUCAAAGAACUCUUUGAUGUUGAUUUGAAAAAUCUACGCAAACUGGCGGCACUAUUGGACAAGUUUGAUCCCAAAUCCGAUGGUGCCGACCGUGAUUGGCUCUCCAUCUACGAUGAAUCCGAACGGCUCUUGUACCUGGAAAUUGACUACCUCAACGAAGCCGAUCAAUGCGAAAGAUUCGCCAAUGAUUUCAAAGAUAUUGACUACGUCCGUGUCCCAAGAGUCUACCGAGAAUUGUCGACACCGCGAGUCUUGACCAUGGAGUUUGUGGAUUCCUUUAAAUUGACUGAUAUUAAACGGAUUGACGAGUUGGGGUUGGACAAGCAAAAGUUGGCGAAACAAACUGCCGAUGCUUUUUUGAGACAGAUUGUCGAGACAUCGUACUUUCAUUGUGAUCCCCACCCCGGUAACUUGUGUGUGGAUGAAAAGGGCAACCUCGUUUACUAUGAUUUCGGAAUGAUGGAUGAGCUCAAGCCUAACGUACGGGAAGGAUUCCGCAAAUUCUGCACUGCUCUGUUUGCUGGUGGGCCCAUGAUUUCGGAUACCGAUCUUGCCAAAAACGCCAAAAAGUUGGUAGAUGGAGUGGAGGAAGCUGGAGUCUUGUCCAAGGGAGCCGACCGUCUGGCAGUGGAAAAGUUGGCACGAUUCUUCAUGCGAUCUUUCAAGGAUAACCAGCUUGGCAAACCAACCGAAAACAUCAAGGAGACUCUGGGUACAGAUCUUCAGACACUCACCGAGAAUGACGUUUUCCGUUUCCCCAGUACAUUUACGUUUAUCUUCCGAGCCUUUGCCAGCGUGGAGGGUAUUGGCAAGGGGUUAGACCCAGAAUAUGACAUUGGAAAGUUGGCCCAGCCCUUCAUUGAGAAGUUUACAGAUGCUCAGAAGAACUAUUCCAGUAAAGCAGAAAAGAAGUUUGACAUCUUCACCAGGGCAACUGGGUUGAACAAGGACGACAUUAACACUGCGAUCACAUCUCCCAAAAAGAUUGCUUACAUUGAGGAUACCCUGCGAUCAAUGAGUUCCGGUGACCUCAAGAUUCGUGUGCGAUCCCUGGAAAAUGAGAAAGCUCUCGAGAGGAUGACCAUGACACAAUCCAGAACGGAGAAUCUAUUGUUAGCCACCAUGUUCUUGAAUGCUGCGGGGCUUGCGACGCGCACUGUCCUCACAGGAGCAGGAUAUGCUGGUGCAGCGUUCUUCUUGCUGCAAGCCGUCAUGGCCAAUGCCAAGGUCAAGAAGUUUGACAAGACACAGGCAAAGUAUGUCCAGAGCAAGUUUGUCGGGGACAAAUAAGGAGGUGAUAUUCGUGAUUUUUGCCUAAAUACUCAUAAAGUAAGUGUACAUAUUCCGGUCUUGACUCCCAAAGGUGCUACCGGUGGUGGGU